AUGCCAGCGUACUGUCCUCCUCCGUGCGUUGCACAUCACAUCUUUGAUGCGGUCCUUGCUGAAGUCCGUCUGUUUGAACAGCGGUUGAAUCAGAUGCGUGCUGCCCACCGGAUCCAUCAACACAAGCUGGAUCGCAACCUGGUCUUUCGGGAACUUGCCCGACCACAGGCAGCGCCAGUUGAGUCUCUCCUUCACCAGGUGUCAGGAGUCGUGGAGUCGGUUGAUGUUGAUGAAAGUGCCAUUGAGUUGAAAGCUCCUGUAGAUGUCAGAGAUGACCUCACCCUGUGGGUCGGAGGUGCCCCCAAAACUGUCAUCCAUGCGGAAGCUGACAAGGUGUGGAUCGACGAUGUCACGGAUGUCACAGCUGAUGCAGUCAUGACCCAGUCUGAGCCUGUUGGGGAUUUGGCCACCAUUUUUGAUGCUUUCCACACCCAGUGGAAGCAGCGUUGGUGCCGGCAUGACAACACUUCGUUCCGUCAGUGGGACCAGCUCCUUGGAUUUGCCCAACGGAUCAUGCAUCCCACACCCAUUCCUCACCUUGCUCUCGAUGUUGACCUUCUCAGGGCUGAAGUGCACCGGAAAAAGAAAACCGCGGCAACGGGGUUGGAUGGUGUCAGCAGACAGGACCUCAUCCAUGCUGAUAACCAAACGCUCCAGAGCAUCACAAAUGCCUUUACCCGUGCCGAGACGGAUGGGGAGUGGCCAUGCCAGCUCUUGGCUGGCAAAGUCCAUUCGUUGGCCAAGCGCCCUGAUGCAAGUGGCCCCAGCGACUAUCGCCCAAUCACUGUCUUUGGUUUGGCUUACCGUGCCUGGUCCAGCCUUCAAUCCAGGCAUUUGCUUCAUUGGGCUGAAGAGUGGGUUGAUCCUGGAGUGUAUGGCAACAGAAAAGCCCGACAGGCCUCUGACCUUUGGCAUUGGUUGCUUUUGCAGGUUGAAACUGCCUACAGUACGGGCCAAUCAAUUUGCGGGGUCUCAGGGGACUUGGAGAAAUGCUUCAACUGCAUUCCACGCUACCCAGCGCUGUGCCUGGCCAUCCUUGCCGGGACACCUGCCUCGGUCACUACAGCUUGGGCUGGUGGACUUGCCCAGAUGAAGAGGCAUUUCAAAGUCAGGGAAUCUUUCUCUGCUGGCUUCCUCACCUCAACUGGACUUGCCGAGGGUUGUGGUCUCAGUGUGUACGGGAUGCUUCUUGUCGACCAUCUGUUCCACAAAUGGAUUUCCUUCCAGUGCUCCCCCGUACGUUCCUUGUCGUAUGUUGACGACUGGCAUGUCUUUACAUGGGACUCCCAGUCUGCCCUGCGUCAGUUGGACUUGGUUGUGGAAUUUGCCACCAUGUUGGACUUGUCUGUCGACCGUCGCAAGACGGUAGCCUGGUCAACUGACCCCCACCUCCGCCAGCUGCUCCGGUCUCAGCAGGUUACCGUUGUCCACCAUGCCAGGGAGUUGGGUGGCCACUUUGGGGUGUCCCGACAAUACACCAACAAAACAGUGGCACAGCGUAUUGAAGCUUUGGAAGACCUCUGGCCCAAACUUCGCAUGAGCAAGGCCAGAUACCAAGCCAAGGUAUACAUGUUGCGUGCAGUGGCCUGGCCGAGAGGUUUGCAUGCCAUUGCAAGUGCUCCCAUCGGUGACAACAUCUGGACUGAGCUCCGCCGCCGAGCCACGCAUGCGCUCGGGCUGCAGCGCCCUGGUGUCAACUCCAGUGUCCUGUUGGGCCUUGUCGAACCGUGCACGGACCCCCAACAUGUUGCCCUCUUGUGGACUUGCCGUGCUGCCCGAGCUGUCUGUGACUUGGAUUUUUGGUCUGUGCCGGUUGCUUGUGCAGCUCACGGUGAUGUUGACUUGCCCCCCAAUUCGGUCGCCUCCAUCCUCCUCACCCGGCUUCACCAGGUUGGGUUCACGAUUGACCGUCAGGGUUACGUCAGUGAUCAGUUUGGCCGCUUCUCCCUGCAUCACACCAACUCAGCAGAAGUUGAACUCCGACUGACAUGGGGAUGGUACCGAUAUGUUGCUGCGAAGGUGCAUCACCGUGCGGAGUUUCAUGGCCUUUGGUUAGCAGAUGUUGCCAACACCAGGCGUGCUCUUGCCCGACUCGGGGCCGAUGACCAAGCGAUGCUUCGGUUUGGCCUGAUUGGCGGCUUGUUCACCGAAUCGUACAAGGCCAAGUGGACUUCUCAGCCUGACACUUGUCGCUGGUGUGGCCAAACGGACACCCUGAGUCACAGAUACUGGGAGUGCAUACAACAUGCUGACCUGCGCCAAUCACUGGCCCCAGAUGUCGUGCCAAUUUGGACCCAACUGCCCCCUGCGUUGACGCUGCGUGGCUGGGCUCUUGUUCCACCUACAUGGCAACAAUGGAUUACCACUCUUGCGGCCUUGCCUGACCAAGUCCUUCCCCCGGCCCAACCUCUUGGACUUGAGGGUUGGAAUGAUGUCUUCACUGAUGGCUCUUGCCUGUGGCAGUCUGCUGCCUGUUACCGCCUUGCUUCCUGGGCUGUUGUUCUUGCCCCCCCCUGUCGGUCGUCAUGGACUCCCGAGGCGACUACGGUCUUGUGUGCGUCUGUGUUGGCUGGUGUUUGUCAGACUGCGUUCCGUGCAGAAGUUUAUGCUGUUGCGUACAUUUUGCAUUGGGCUGCCAGUACUGGCGCAGCAGUUCGCAUCUGGUCCGACUGUUUAGGGGUUGUGAACAAGGUGAAGUUGGCGCGCAAACGACAGUUACGGGUUGCAAUCAACAGACCAAACAAUGACUUGUGGCAAUGGAUUGUGGAGUCUAUUGAACAGUUGGGCCCCGAGAAGGUGCAGAUCCGGAAGGUUGCAGCUCACCGCACUCUGCAAAGUGCGACGAAUACAGUUGAUGCGUGGGAGAUUUUUCACAACAACUACGUUGACAAUGCGGCGAAGCUGGCCAACCAUGCAAGGCCAGAACAAUUUUGGCGACAGUGGGAAACACAUGUCCAAGAGACUCAGGUCGCUCACAAUUUGGCACAGCAGGUCCAGGCUUUGCAUGUUGCAGUUGGUCGCAGACAUGUCCGUGCGGACACAGCAGAUGACCGACAGGAGGUUCCAACUACGAGGGUUACCCGCGAGUUUGCAACUGCUUUUAGUUUUGGACAGUGGCACGGCCAUGCUUUCCCACAGACGUCCAGGUUGUUUGGAGGUACGCAUGUGGUGAGGGUGGUACAAUGGUUUCAGGCCCGCACAGAAGGCGUUCCGCUGACAGAUGUUCGAUGGGUUUCAUUUGCGCAAUUGUAUUUGGACUAUCAGAUGUGUUGGGGGCUCCCAGGUCCACUUCGCGUUCAAAACCAAUGGGUGGACAUCCAACAGAGACCCCAUCUUACAACAGCUGGUUUUUCAUUUCGCCAACAGCUCAAAUGGUUCCGCCAACUGCUCAAAGCCAUGUGGAAGGAAGCAGCCAUGGUUGUGGGAAUGGCCCAGUGUCGACCAGCAACCACCGUCCUGAUUGCAAAGCUACCUCCGCUGGUCGAUGUCACAAAACUGGUGGCACUAGACGGCCACAGCUUCGCGUUCGGAAGCAGCCGAGGAGAUGUUUGUAUCGGAAGUACUGGGGGGGUUCACAUGGAUGACUCACGAUGUUUUUAUCCCGGCGGGCGCAUCAAUUCGUUGCAGCUUUCUGAGGAUGCCAAGGUGCUCUACAGUGGGAGCUCCAGCGGAAGCAUUUGUCAACUGUUUCUGGAUCAGAUUGAGAAAAUGAACGGCAGCUGCUUCACUCAGCCAGACACCUGGCCGGAGAACGAGGUUUUAUCCCUGGCCCUGCUGCGCGAAAGCAAUCUGUUGGCGAGUAGCUCUGCCAAUGGCUGGUUGGCGGUGUGGGACUUGAACGAUGUCGCUUCAGGGAAUCUGGAGCCAGUGAUGAAGCAACAGACCAGCAACUACCAGGCACGGAUUGUCGCGGGGGCGGACUUGACCUACUACUACGUUUCAGGGACCCUGGGCAUGAUCCAAGCCUUCUUCGUGAACUCCAUCCCAAUGGCCGUGCGACGCAUGCGCCAGUCCCAGCUCUGCCAAGACGCUGCGGCAGAGUGUUCCACCGAUUGGGUCAGAAGCCAUAGUCAAGUUGGCAUUGACAUCCCUGUCUACUUGGACAAUCUGCCUCUGCAGUGGCUGUCAUUGCAAAGCGCUAUGGUGGAGAGGAUGGGAGUGCGACCGCCCAUCAGUUUGCGAAAGGUGAACCUAUCUGGCAUCGUGAUGUCGAAUUGGAGGUCUAUGAAGUUCGGCUGGUGGUCCGUGCCUUCAAAGAUCGAUGUGAGGAAUACCACCUUCGUCCAGAUCCCCGUGUUGCACGGUGAGGCUGUGCGGCUGGUGACGGAUGCCAAUUGCAUCCAAGCGGCGCAGGAAAAGGAGGCCAGACAUUCUUUGAAAUUUUGCAUCCUCCGCGCGCCACAGUUCGAAGGUGAACUCUGCGCAUCGCACUUCGUGUCACACGAGAUGACGACGGAUGCUUUGGCAGCCAGGGUUAUGGGCUCGUCAUUGCCAAUCCUCACGCAGAUUUAUGUGGACUUACAUGACUUCCACCCUUGGCUCUGCGACUGCCCCGCGGGGACCUUUGGUCCAAACGGCUCACAUUGCGAGGUAUGCCCACUGAACCACUACUGCCCAGCGGCUGGAAACAUGAGUGUGGCGAUGAACCAGGAGCCCAAGCCCUGCCCGCCCAACUCUGGCACUACCAGGGUAGGCCUUAGCAAUGUCUCGGAGUGUCAGUGCCUUCCCGGUUUCUUUGGUAACAGUUCGCACGCGCAGGCACCCUACAGCUGUCAGUUGUGUCCUGCUGCCUCCACUUCUGGCUACGGAUCUUGGCAGUGUCACAGCUGUUUCUUUGGAUAUCGCCCCACUGGCGUUGGCAAAGGCAGCCACGGCGAUUGCAUGUUCGACUGGUUUGGCGUUGGCUUCUUCAUAGUGUUGCAGAUCGCGAUGAUUCAGCUGGGUUUGAUGUAUUGGCUCCUGGUGACUGGUUUGCCCAUCAACGAUGUGUCGAAACAAAACGGACGCUGGGUCGUCUCCACCUGCGGGUGGCAGGCAUUGUGGCUUUUGCCUUGCUUGAAGAAGGCGUAUAGCGUUUCCUUCCGCAAGACUGGAAAUCCUGGACUGGAUAAACACCUGUGGGACGUGCAAACCAUCGUCGGCAUCGGGCAGCGCUUCGUUCUCCUGGGACAGGUGGAGGACAAUGGCAUGCUCGCAGAAAGCGGUUGGAAGCUGAAGUCAGCGUCGACCGGGAUGACGGCUCUGGAGCAUAGCCGGCAGACGUUGGAAAGUGGUGACUUGGUGGUUGACCAUUCCAGCACACUGAGUCUAGACACGUCACAGGGAUUUUUGCACUUCCGGAGCUGUUGGGUCUUACUUUGUGUUGGAAGGAUCCCUGAGGGGUUCAAACUGCUGGUCUUGCUGCUGCUCCCAUGGCCCUUAUGGCUCAAGGCCUUCCACCAAAAGGAUUGGCUGGUGCUUGGUGUUGCAAUUAGCACAGCCAUCACAGUGAUUUUGUUGGUCCUCGCCUCAUUGCUGCUGGCGCCACGCCCGGCCAUUGAAGCCAAUCGCAGCAAUUUCAUGCACUUCCUGCCUUCCCAUCCACAGCCGCUGAGUGUCGCUAGCCAGCGAACCGUGGACGUGGCCAACAUGUCGAAUCUGGUCGUUCAGUUCCAGUUCUUCAUCGGCAGCAGAAAUGCGCACUACGUGAAUUCCAACAUUUUGCUGCCCAUAACUGACUCCCACCAGUUGUCCUUUGCAGAAGUGAUUGGGCGUUCAACCCGGAGACAGUCGAGCAGAUACUUUGUGAGCCACUGGUGGGGGGCGCCCUUCGAAAAAUCCAUGCAGAGUAUUUGUAAGCACGCGCAAUUGGCAGGGGGCAACAAGUGGAAAGAAUUGGCCUAUUGGUGUUGUUUGUUCAGCGUGAACCAGUGGCGAAUGGAAGAUGAGCUCGGAAAUGGUCAGAACCGCAGAACCGGCGGGAAUGGUUCGGAGCUAUGGUUACCUAAAUGUAUGCUCCAAUCGCCAUGGGCAGCAAGGGAGCUACUAAGAUCUACUCAGAGUUUUCCAAUCACAUGAUCGUAACUCUGGAUUUGCAAAUUAUCUGCAGUAUCUUCCAGUGUCUUUUCGUGAGUGGGUC